UAUGAGUAGGCACGGAGAUAGGAAAUUAUACGAUGAAUAUAUUAAUUGUAUCAUAUUUUCAAAUAAAUAAUACAUAAAUAAUGAAUAAUGUAUGAAUACUUAUUUUGUAUCUUGGGAUUAAAGGUUGUUUCCAUAGAAUUAGGGAUGUAAUUAAAAUAAAAGUAAGGAAAAAGUUGUUAAUAAAUUUGAUUUUUCUGAAUUUGGGUAAGAAGAAUUAACUAAAGAAUUAUUAGAUGUUUUGAAUACUUAGAUUUUAGAGAAUGUAGAAUGUGAUCAUUUAAUAAUAAAUGAAAAAGAAAACAUAAAAAGAGAUGAUAAGAUAUUUAGGAUACUUGAUUAAGAGAUGUGCAAAUCUUAUGGAUAAUUUGAGUUUAUAAAUUAUAAAGAACCUAAUAUUGAUGGAAGAUUUUUCAACCGUUUUUAUUGGAUAAAGGAUAUGAAUAAUUAUGAGAAAUACAUUUAAGAAUAUUUGAAAGAAUAAAAUAUAAUAUAGGCAUUAAAAUGUUUAAAUCAUAUAGUAGAUACUUUUGUUAUUUGGAUGAAAAUGUAUGAUAUUAUUGAUGAAUAUGAAAUAUAUUCAGGUUAUUUUGAACAUAAAAAAGAUGACAGAAAUUAUAGCACAUUUUAAGAAUAAAUGAUGAUUAAUUUAGGAUGUCUAAGAAUGGAAUUGAAUUAAAUUUUAUCUGAAUUGAAAGAGGAGAGAUUAAUAUAGAUAUGGUUAAUACAUUUUGUAAUUGUAUUUUUGUCUGAAGAAGAGAAAUUUGAUAAUCCUUAAUAGGAAAAGAUUGUAAAAUCAAUAAAAAAAGAAAUUAAAAAUUAUGAUAAAUGCAAAUAUCUUUGUAGUCGUUUAUAAAAUAAAUGUUCUAAAUGGUUUAAGGGUUGUAGUUGGUAUUUUUUUUAUAAAGAGAUUGUAAAUUUUGAAUCAUCAACUUAAGAAAAGAAUAAUGAUUUCGUAUGA